GACCGACGGUGCAGAUGACCUAAUCCAACUGAAAAACAGUCCACUCAUCCGGAGGACGGCCGAUCAUCCUUCGCGGCAAAAUCUCCCGAUCAUAUCCUUCCAAGACGACGUUGAUCGUCUUCCCAUCUCCCUCUCCAAACUCCUGCCAUCUACUUUUCCUCCUUUUUACCAUUAUACCCUUCUCCCAAUCUCAGCCUACCAUAAAAGCCAACUCCCAACUCCCAUCCCUUUUCUCAUUUCUCACUCCCUUUUCACUACUCAAAACAUGCCUCCUCGACCCUCUCCGAAAAAGCUCCCCACCAAAACCCCCUCCAAAAAAACCCUAGAUUCCAAAAACCCUCCAAAUACCGCUACCCAGACCCCAAACCCUCGCAAAUCCGAUCCGCCCACUGCUACAAACAUCGAAUCGGCCGAAAACGCUGUCGAGACCGUCUCCACCGAUGCCAGAGAGAAAUCAGAGCCUGGCGUAGUCAGGGAAGAGAUUGGCGGUGAAGAAAAUGAAGGCAGAGGUGAGGGAGAAAGAGAGGAAUCUGAGCGCAUUCGACAAGCACAGGUGCCUGUAAAUGAAAGGAGGAAACAGAAAGAGUAUCGACAAGUGCAGGUGCCUGUUAAUGAAAGGAGGAAACCGAAAGAGUAUGAGGUUUUUGUAGGAGGACUUGAUAGAGAUGCUGUGGAGGAAGACUUGGAGAAGGUAUUUAAGAAGUUUGGAGAGAUUGUAGAAGUGAGACUGGUGAAGAGGCCGUAUUCACAGAAGAACAAGGGGUUUGCUUUUGUGAGGUUUGCGACCGUCGAGCAGGCUAAGAAGGCUGCUGCUGUCAGAUUCACCAAGGUGAAAGGUAAGCUCUGUGAAGUAACAAGAAACAAUGACAAUGAAACACUCCAUCUGCGGAACAUAUGCACAACUUGGACUCAAGAUGAGCUUGUGGAAAAACUGAAAGUUUAUGAGUUAGAGAACCUUGAGGAGGUUCAUCUGAUUGAUGACCCUAACAAUAGAGGAAAGAACAGAGGCUAUGCUUUUCUUGGUUUCAGCACUCAUAUGGAUGCUGUCACUGCAUGUACUAAGCUACAAAAAAGAGGCAUCUUCUUUGGUACAGAUACAAGAGCAGAGGUUGCGUUUGCUAAAUCUGCUGUUGAGCCAGACGAGGAGGUUAUGGCACAGGUGAGAUCUGUUUUCCUUGAUGGUUUACCGACUACCUGGGAUGAAGAGUAUGUGCGGGAACAGUUCAAGAAGUAUGGAGAAAUUGAAAAGGUGGAGCUUGCUCGCAAUAUGCCUACCGCCAAGCGGAAGGACUUCGGCUUUAUAUGCUUCCAAACUCGGGAAGCUGCAUUGGCUUGCAUUGAUGAGGUCAAUAAAGGCUGCAUUGUUGACGAAACGGAAAAUGUAGUAUUGAAGGCUACCCUACGGAAGCCUUUGAUGAAACGGACACUACCAACAAUGGGUGGUCGGAGAGGAGGUUUCAUUGGUAAAAGCCAGGGUGGGAGGCUGCUGCGGCCGUAUGGAAUUGGACACUCCUACUCUGGUAGGCCAAGCAGAACCCAAGAAUUAAUGGGCAGAGAUCACACUACUAGAUUCAGCGGCCUUGAUCGUUAUUCAGCCAGAGAGGAUUAUUCAGCCAGAGAAGAUGAAUUUAGAUCAUUAUCGCCUCCUAUAGAGAAAUAUGCUCGGGACAGGAAGGAAGUUGUAAGAAGGGCACCUGCUCCAACAGCAACUGACAGAAGAGUGAGAGAUCUGUAUUUGGAGGGCAGUUCAUCAGGUAGACGUUCAUUGGGGGAAUACAGGGAAAUUUCAGCUUCCUAUUCACAAUAUUCUUCUCACGAGCUAUAUGAUGAUGAUGAUUAUGGUUCUCAAUAUGAGUAUUAUGAGGAUUACGAUUAUCCCGUUUCCUCUGGAUCAAAACGACCAUACUCCGCACUUGAUGAUGACGACGACCUGGUGGUGUAUAGCUAUCGUACUAGGCGUGCUAGAAGGGGAUCUGAUUUGGAGAUAGAUGAUUAUCCACAACACAGUGCUUCUACAUAUGAUGAUUAUUCAUGGGUUUUACCAGAUGACCACUUCGAUCACAACAGGGCAGGAUAUGCAAAUGAAACUUACGGAAGACGGCACAUGUCUGGAAGUAGCACCUCUAGAUCAUACUACUAAAUUGUGGGCCCAUGAUGGAAUUGAAAAAGAUGUAGUAAAGUGCCACAUCGAUCCAUUAAGGUCUUCCUUAUUAAAGAGGAGUGUUUCCAGUGUAAAUGAAAUGGAGAACUUGGAUUGAUUUGUUCAAAACAUUGUCAGUGAUGCUCAGAUUAGCUGGAUUUCUACCACUUAUAGAAAGACACGUAACCGCCAUCUAGCUUGAAGCGCUCCCCUGCUGAAGUCAUAGCAGCAUUAGACAUCCAAAUAGUGAUGUCUUCAAAAAAUGGGGGGAAGAAAAAGGAAACAAGGAAGAAAGGGAGUUGGUUUUGAGUCAGCAUUUCCACCUACGGUAAGAAAUUUCUUAAAUCAGUCUCAGCUUUUCGGCAUAUUGAAUUUCUGUCUGAAAUUUAAAGAACCUGGCGAUUACUCGGUUACUUGAAGUUGUUUUGUAAGAGUUAAAACUUGUUAAUGGUGAGGCAUGACAUUUAAUUGUUUUA